UCUACAGUAUACCGAGACGCACCCAAUCUCCAUACACAGAAUCACAUCUUCUUUACUGACACCCGUGACAUAAUUUCUCGCUGUCUCUCCAUCGCCCUCUCCAAACAAAAGCCCACCGGAAAGCUACAGAGCUCCAUCACCGACAUCACCCCGCCAGCGAUGGCGAGCCCCCCGACGCUCCCGAUCUCAAGCCAACAAACCACGGCAAGCGGCGGGGCCCAAUCUCAGCCCCCAAUCGCCACGCCGGCUUUCCGUGCCUUCAUCUCCCGCCUCUCCUCCUCGAUCCGCCAUGGGCUCUCCCAGCGGCGCCCCUGGACUGAGUUGAUUGACCGCACGUCGAUGUCCCGGCCUGAUUCCCUCUCAGAAGCCUACUCUCGGAUCCGGAAAAAUCUUUCUUACUUCAAAGUUAACUAUGUAACCCUACUGGCGGCUGUGCUUGCUUUUUCUCUUCUCUCACACCCUCUUUCUCUUCUUGUCCUCCUUGGUCUCCUCGCUGCGUGGCUCUUCCUCUACCUAUUUCGACCGUCCGAUCAGCCUCUGGUGCUAUUCGGCCGUACGUUCUCAGAUCGAGAGACACUAGGAGUUUUGGUGGUCUUGACUGUGUUCGUGGUGUUCCUGACCAGCGUUGGAUCCCUUCUCAUGUCUGCAUUGAUGGUUGGAGCCGCGAUUGUUUGCCUUCACGGUGCGUUUAGGGUUCCUGAGGAUUUGUUUCUGGAUGAUCAGGAGCCAGUGAAUGCCGGAUUUCUGUCCUUCCUGGGUGGCGCUGCCUCUUCAGCUGCCGCUGCCGCUGCCGCCGCCCCUGCAGUGGUCUCGCGAGUGUGAGAAAUGGGUAUUUGAACCACCACGUGUAUAAUUUUAUAUAGACUUUUACUAAGAACGCUUUUCACAGCCGUCCUGAUAGUCUAUCAAAAGGUUUUUCUAUCUUGAUGGUUAAUCAAAAGAUUCAUUUCUAGGUUUCGUCUUGCUUCUAUGUAGAUUUCGAUCUGGAUUACGCUUAGAGGGUUAGAUAUGAUUUUGUAUCUGUAAUAUUUGUUACUUCAAUUUUGAUUGCAAUGGGUUUUAGAUUUCAUUUUUAAUUGUGUUAUCUAUAUGUUUUUGUGUCUGAUCUUGACUAUUCAUUUGGUUGUUACUUGUUUACCUUUACUGUUUCUUGCAGCUGUUUUUCUGGUAUAUUCUGAAUCAGUUAUAAUGAGUAAGAUAUUAAGAUUGUGGAGUGUUCUUGAGAAAAUUCUUUAGAGUAAUGGAGAAGAUCAUCCUGUGCUUCAACCGGUGUAAGGAGAUGCUAUGUGCAUCAUGCCGUCAUUUUUUUGUUAUGAGAAUGUGAUCUGCACAUCCAUCAUUUGUGUUAGGAUGAAUUGUGCAAAGUGAUGUUAUUGGUCAUGACUCAUGAUUUUAGUUUAUUCCAUUGCUUCCUGAUAUCAUGGGGUACCUUUCUUAAAUUUUUAUUUUCCUCAAGAUGUUCUGCUUUUGCAUGUGCUCCUAUGGAAGGUAUCUGCAAUAAUACUAAUGUUGGAUUUGUUAGCAGAUCUGGUCAAACCUACUGGAUUAUUGUUUUAUUUUUUGUUGCCACAAAAUUGGAUUAUGUAGUUAUGUGAUGCUUAAUAUAGAAUUUGGAGAUUA